AUGGAUAAAAGUUGGAUAAAUCAGCAUAGGUUGCACCCGGAAUAUAUACAAGGGGUUAAGGAAUUUAUUAAAUUUGCAUGCGAAAAUAAGCCGUUGUUGAAUGAAGUCACAUGCCCAUGUAAACGGUGUCGUAAUGUCAAAUUGGUGGAGAAAGGCCAGUUAGGGGAACAUUUAAUGAUCAAUGGGUUUCUUCCAAGUUACAUCAGUUGGAUUUUUCAUGGGGAGAAUUUUUCGUCGCCUGUGCCACACAAUGUGAAUGUCGGGCAAACUGAUUUGAACGAUGGUGAUGAAACUUAUGAAAUGCUAUAUGAAGGAUUUCGACUUCCUCCACCAAGCUUUAUUCAUGAGGCAGCAAGUUCUGGUAUUAAACAAGGUCCAGAUGAGAAAACCGAAAAAUUCUUCAAUUUAUUGAAAGAGGCCGAAAGAGAGUUGUAUCCUGAGUGUCAGAAGUUUUCAACGCUCUCAUUUAUUGUUCGGUUAUUGCACAUCAAGUGCCUUAGUGGAUGGAGUGACAAGUCUUUCACGAUGUUGCUUGAGCUUUUGAAGGAUUCGUUCCCAAAGGGUGAAACUUUGCCAAAGUCAUUUUAUGCAACAAGGAAACUUCUUAGGGACUUGGGCCUCGAUUAUCAUAAGGUACAUGCAUGCCCAAGGGAUUGUUCACUAUAUUGGAAGGAAACAGCUAGUAUGGAUGAUUGCAUAGUGUGUCAUAUGCCUAGAUACAAACAGUUUGAGGGGGAGGAGAAUGAUGUUAAGAAGAAGCAACAAAGAAUUCCACAGAAGAUUUUUGCGAGUGAGCCUCGCAAUGUCAGACUGGGUUUAGCAGCGGAUGGAUUCAAUCCAUUCAAGGCAAUGAAUGUCUCUCAUAGCAGUUGGCCAGUUAUUAUGAUGCCAUACAAUUUGCCACCAUGGUUGUGCAUGAAGCAGCCUCAUAUGAUGAUGACAUUGCUCAUCGAUGGUCCUUCUUCACCUGGAAAUAACAUUGACGUCUACUUACGCCUUGUAAUGGAUGAAUUGAAAGAAUUGUGGGAAAACGGUGUUGACACGUAUGAUGCAGAAACUAAUCAGAUGUUCCGAAUGCAUGCUGUGUUAUUGUGGACUAUAAAUGAUUUUCCUGCCUAUGCAAUUUUGUCUGGAUGGAGCACGAAAGGCGCUUUAGCUUGUCCUUAUUGUAACACACAUACCCGUUCUCGAUAUUUGAAGAACGGAAGGAAAUUAUGUUACAUGGGGCAUCGCCGCUGGUUGAAUGUGGGUCACGAAUUUCGGAAAGCUAGUGCGUCUUUUGAUGGCACUCAUGAAUUCGAACCAUGUCCAACUCGGUUAUCAAGAGCUAAUAUGCUACAACAACUAGGCCCUAAGUUCAAAUUGAAUUCUAAGCAUCAACAAUCUAGCAAACGGAAUAGAAAGGGAAAACAAAAGGAGGAAAAUGAGGACUCAGGUCAUAAUUGGAAGAAGAAGAGUAUUUUCUUCGAGCUGUCAUAUUGGAAGCAUAAUUUGAUUCGCCACAAUCUUGAUGUGAUGCACAUUGAAAAGAACGUGUGUGAUAAUGUAUUGUUUUGA